AGGUAAAUGAGACUCUGGGAUCCAGCCGCCUAGCCCAGGCUUGAAAUCUAAGUACAAGUGUGCGGCCGCACCCCCAGAGAACCAACUAAUCGUCGCCAGCCCACCUCAACUCUCGCCUCCCACAGAGCGACUGAAAACGCGGGGCUAGGUCCGGGACUUCAGCAGCUCCGCUCCAGAAACAACCGGUUAGCUUCCCAUGGCUCCCGCGGCGCGGCUCCCUGGUGCGUUCUCAAUGGCGCGCAGCAGGAUUUGCGGGCUCUCGGUCCAUAACCUGCGCUUUCCCAGAUCGCUAGGUGGUCACGGCUACUACGCCACGCCACGCCACGGUAAGCCCGCGGGCCACAGGGUUCUGAAACACACAGAUCAUGACUGCUCAGCUGCCUAUGUUGUUAUGAAGACAGAUUCCGAAGAUGGACUCAAGGGCUAUGACAUUGUGUUCACUCUAGGGAAAAAGCCAGAAAUUGUUGUUGGUGCUGUAAAUGCUCUUAUCCACUACGUGCUUCAGAAGGCUCUCAGGGAUAUUGUUGGUGACUUUAGAGGCUUCUGAAGAGAGCUCACAAGUGAUGGGCAGCUCAGACUGAUUGGUAUAGAGAAAGCUGUAGCACAUCUGUCCAUAGCAGCCAUUAUAAAUGCUGUAUGGGACCUGUAGGCAAAGCAGAAAAGAAAGCUAAUAGAAUCACAAAUGUUAAAAGAGCUGUAUUUUUCAGAAGAACAAAUGCUGAGACACGGCUACCCUGCCUACACUACAUCAUGCGCCUCCCUGGGGUAUUCAGACAGCACACUGAAACAGCUCUGUGAAGCAGCACUAAAAGAUGGCUAGACAAGUAAGUUUAAAGUAAAAGUUGGGGCUGAUCUUCAGGAUGACAUACGAAGAUGCCGCCUCCUCAGGGACAUGAUUGGAUCAGAGAAGACUUUGAUGAUGGAUGCCAAUGAACGGUGGGAUGUGCCUAAGGCAGUGUAAUGGAUGUCAAAACUAGCUGAAUUUAAGCCACUGUGGAUUGAGAAGCCCACAUCCCAGAAAGAUGUCACGGGCCAUGCAACUAUUUCUGAGGCACUGGCCCCAUUAGGAAUUUGUGUUGCCAUAGAAGAACAAUGUCACAAUAGAAUGAUUAAGCAACUCCUACAUAAGAAGGCCUUGCAAUUUCUCCAAAUGGACAGCUGUAAACUGGGGAGUAUCAAUGAAAACCUUGCAGUACUACUGGUGGCCAAAAAGUAUAGAAUACCUGUCUGCCCCUGUGCUGAUGAAGCUGGACUUGAACUGGUACAGAACUUUAUAUCAGUCUCUGCCAGACUUCAAAACAGGUUACACUAAUGCUCCAAUUUCCUAGGAUGUGAAUAUGUGGACCAUCUGCAUGAACAUUUCAAAUAUCCUGUGGUAAUAAAACAUACUUCAUAUCUGCCUCCCAAAGUAAGUUGA